AGAGUUUGUUUCCUGAUACUCAUCGCCCUCUUACAUUUGCCAGUUAGUUAGGGAACGGGUGACAUUGCAUCAGAGAAGGCAAACAACAGCGGUGAAUCGGGACCAAGCCACAGGUUAGAAGACACAAGGGAAAGAGAUGAGAAAUUGCAUUUUAUGGGUGAAACUGGGAAACUACGCAGCUUCGAGUUUGAGGGGUCGGUGUUGUGGUACAGCAGACAUUGCAGGAUUGUGUGCUGAGUCUGUGAAUGGAAGACUUCAACCCUGAGGUGGAAGCUUGGAAAAUGAUUCAUGGUAUGGAGAGCUCCACAGUGUCAGAAAGUGACGAGUUGGUUUUCUUUGUCAAUGGACGCAAGGUUGUGGAGAGAAAUGUGGAUCCUGAACUGAACUUGUUAACCUUCCUGAGGAGGAAAUUGGGGCUAACUGGAACCAAGCUCGGCUGUGGGGAAGGAGGGUGUGGCUCUUGCACAGUGAUGAUCUCCAAGUACAACACUCUCCAGGGGAAGAUCAUACACAUGGCUGUGAACGCCUGUCUGGCACCCCUUUGCUCUCUUCACUGGACUGCUGUGACCACGGUGGAGGGGAUCGGGAGCACCAGUACGAGGCUUCAUCCAGUCCAGGAGCGUAUUGCAAAGGCCCACGGCUCCCAGUGUGGAUUCUGCACCCCGGGAAUUGUCAUGUCUGUAUACACUUUAUUGCGGAACAACCUGAACCCCACAAUGGAGGAAAUCGAAGACACCCUCCAAGGAAACUUGUGUCGCUGCACAGGAUACAGACCCAUCCUCGAGGGUUACCGUACCUUCACCCAAUCACCGGGCUGCUGUGGUGGAGCUGCUGAUGGCAAGAGCUGCUGCAAGCAACAACCUGAAGAGGUUGAUCAGAAAUCAUCCAAACUUUUUGAAUCAUCAGAGUUUCAGCCUCUGGAUCCCACUCAGGAACCCAUCUUCCCCCCUGAACUGGCACUUAAUAAAUUUCCUCAGAGAACACUGGUCUUCAGAGGGGAGCGAGUCACUUGGAUUCAACCUACAACCCUAAGCGAGCUGCUGGCUCUGAAGACUAAAUAUCCUGAGGCCAGGCUGGUGGUUGGCAACACAGAAGUGGGCAUUGAGAUGAGAUUCAAGAAUAUGUUGUACCCAGUGAUUCUGGCUCCAGCUCAUAUUUCAGAACUGAAUUCUACCAAACGCACAGAUACAGGGAUAUUGUUUGGGGCGGCAUGCACACUGAGCCACAUCGAGAAUGUGUUGAAAAAAGCUGUGGACGAGCUCCCUGGCUACAGGACAGAGGUCUUCCAGGCUGUGUUGGAGCAGCUGCGGUGGUUUGCAGGGCAGCAGAUCAGGAAUGUGGCGGCUGUAGGAGGGAACAUCAUGACCGCCAGCCCUAUCUCAGACCUCAACCCCCUAUUUGUGGCCUCUGGUUGUCUACUUACCCUGGCAUCCCAAGGGAGUAUCCGCGUCGUGCAGAUGGAUGGAGAUUUUUUUACCGGCUACAGGAAGACCAUAUUAAGCCCGCAGGAGAUCCUGGUCUCUGUGGAGAUUCCGUACACCAGGAAGGGAGAGUACUUCUCAGCAUUCAAACAGGCCCAGCGCCGUGAAGACGACAUUGCCAUUGUCAAUUGUGGGAUGCGAGUUGCUUUCAGGGAGGGGAGCAGCGUUGUGGAAGAGUUGAGGUUGAGCUACGGAGGCAUGGGGCCAACCACUGUGUCUGCAAAGAGAACGUGCCAGGAGCUGGUUGGAAAACAGUGGAAUGAGGAGCUCCUGCAGAACGCCUGCUCGCUGCUUGCAUCUGAGCUCACACUUUCACCCUCUGCUCCUGGUGGGAUGGUACAAUUCCGGCGUACCCUCAGCCUUAGCUUCUUCUUCAAGUUCUACCUCAGCGUGCUACAGAAACUGGGACAAAACUUCAAGGGUGAUUUUCAAGUGGAAUCCAUCCCACCAGAAUACAUCAGUGCCACUGAGUUAUUCCACAAGGACCUUACCUCUUCUGUGCAGCUGUUUCAGGGAGUCCCUCCUGGCCAUCUCCCCUCGGAUAUGGUUGGCCAUCCACUGCCGCAUCUGUCGAGCCUCAAGCAGGCCACAGGGGAGGCCAUUUACUGCGAUGACCUGCCGCUUUUUGAGAAUGAGCUAUACCUGGCUCUAGUGACCAGCACGGAAGCUCACGCUCAGAUCAGUUCAAUUGACACCAGCCAGGCCCUGAAGGUUCCUGGAGUCACCCGUUUCCUCACGGCCGAAGACGUCCCAGGAAGCAAUGAGACUGGAUGCCUGAAAAUGGAUGAGACUGUGUUCGCUGACGGUGAAGUCACUUGUGUCGGACACGUCAUCGGGGCAGUUGUUGCUGACACAGAGGCUCAUGCCCAGAUGGCUGCAAAGGCAGUGAAGGUUACAUACAAAAAGCUAAAGCCUAUCGUCACUAUUCAGGAAGCCAUCAGCCACCAAUCGUUCCACAUUUCACCAUUAAAACUUGAGAAUGGAAACAUCGAGCAAGGAUUUAGACAAGCUGAUGACAUCAUUGAAGGGGAAAUGUACAUUGGAGGCCAGGAGCAUUUCUACCUGGAGACACAUUGCACAGUGGCUGUGCCCAAAGGUGAAGACGGGGAAAUGGAACUCUUUUCAUCAACACAGAGCCCUUCACAAACACAGUUCCUUGUUGCAAAAGCUCUUGGUGUCCCUGCCAAUAGGAUUUGCUGUCGGGUGAAGCGGCUCGGAGGGGGCUUUGGUGGGAAGGAGUCAAGGAGCACGUUGCUGUCGAUCGUGGUGGCAGUUGCUGCUUACAAGACAAAGCGCCCCAUUCGAUGUGCACUUAGUCGUGAUGUGGACAUGUUGGUGAGUGGGGGAAGAAAUCCUUUUCUGGGACGCUACAAGGUUGGGUACCAGAAAAGUGGGAAAGUCGUGGCUAUGGAUCUCAAACUUUACUGCAAUGCAGGAAAUAGCCUGGAUCUUUCAUCCGCUGUCAUGGAACGGGCUUUGUUUCACAUUGAGAACUGUUAUAAAAUUCCAAACAUUCGAGCGAUUGGCUAUGUCUGCAAAACGAACCUACCUUCCAACACGGCGUUCCGCGGAUUCGGGGGGCCUCAGGCAAUGAUGAUUGCUGAGAGUUGUAUGGAUGCUGUCAUCCAGAAGAGUGGACUACCUGCACACCAGGUGCGGAAGUUGAAUCUUUACCAAGAAGGAGAUACCACCCAUUUCAACCAAAAGUUGGAAGAUGUGAAUAUUGGAAAAUGUUGGGAUGAGUGCAUAGAGAGAUCAUCCUAUCACAGCAGAACAAAGGCAGUGGAUGUAUUUAACAGGCAGCAUCGCUGGAAGAAGAGAGGACUGGCGAUUAUUCCAACCAUGUUUGGAAUAAGCUUCAGUGUUACGUUUUUGAAUCAGGCAGGGGCUUUGGUUCACAUUUACACUGAUGGCUCAGUGCUCCUGACUCAUGGUGGAACUGAAAUGGGCCAAGGGCUCCACACCAAGAUGGUGCAGGUUGCCAGUAAAGCGCUGGGAAUCCCAGUUUCCCUGGUUCACAUCAGUGAAACAAGCACCAACACUGUUCCAAACACAAGCCCAACAGCAGCAUCAGUCAGCUCCGAUAUGAAUGGAAUGGCAGUUAAGAAUGCAUGUCAGACUCUUCUGGAAAGGCUAGAACCACUUAAGGCUGCCAAUCCAACAGGAACCUGGGAGCAAUGGGUCUCUGCUGCUUACCUGCAAAGAGUGAGUCUAUCUGCAGCAGGGUUUUACAGGACUCCAGGUUUGAACUAUAACUGGAAGGAGAACAAAGGAAGUCCCUAUUCUUAUUUUUGUUAUGGGGUGGCUUGUUCUGAAGUUGAAGUUGACUGUCUCACUGGGGAUCACAAGAAUCUCCGCACUGACAUUGUCAUGGAUGUCGGCCUGAGUCUGAACCCGGCGUUGGACAUUGGGCAGGUGGAAGGAGCCUUUGCACAGGGCCUCGGCCUCUUCACUUUGGAGGAGUUACGUUAUUCACCAGAUGGAGUCCUGUACACCCGGGGUCCGGGCACCUACAAGAUCCCAGCGGCUGGAGACAUUCCUGCCAAGUUCAACGUAUCCCUGCUGCGGGAAGCUCCAAACAAGAAAGCUAUUUAUUCUUCCAAGGCUGUUGGAGAACCCCCUCUAUUCCUCGCGGCCUCCAUAUUCUUUGCCAUCAAGGAUGCUAUUGCCGCUGCCAGGGCAGCGUUUGGAGUGAUGGAUCCUUUCCGUUUGGACAGUCCAGCAACGCCAGAUAGGAUACGAGUUGCCUGUGUGGACACCUUGACCAAGAUGUGUCCUCCUGCCGAACCAGGAACUUUUACUCCUUGGAACGUUGAAGUAUAGCCAGAGCUCAGAAGAUGACUGACUCCAGUGAGAGAAUAAGAGAAAGUCUGAUCAUUAUUUCACUGUCAAGCCUUCACUGACACUCAGCAACAGGAUCAAAUUCAAUUCAAAUUCAAAGUUUUGUUUUAGUUCAAAAAAUAAAUGAUUGAAGGGAAGCAGCUAUUUUUGAAUGUGCUUUCUGUACCUUCUGCCCAAUGUUAGCUGUGAAAGAUGGCCUGGCUCUGAUGGUGGGGAUCUUUGAUGAUGGGCGUUGCUUCCUGUAGAUACUACCAAUGGUGAGGGGGUGGAGGGGGGAGAUGUGCCAGUGAUGUAUUGGACAGGAUCUAUGACACUCUGCUCUUCUAGGGUUCCUGUGUAUUCAGAUUGCAACCAGUCAGGAUACUUUCAACAGUACAUCAGUGGAAGUUUGUCAGAAUGUUUACUGACAAGCUGAACCUCUUUAAUCUAAUAAAGCUGAUUGCACACCUUCCUUAUGCACCUAUGUGUUAUGGUCCAGGACAGGUCAUUCUAUAUGUUAAUGCAUGGAAAUUUAAACCUGCUGAUCCCCCCCAGUGUAGGUUUGCAUAUACUCGCCCUCCAUUCCCUUCCUAAGGUCACCCAUCAGCUUGUCGGUUUUGCUAUUGUUGAGCGAUUGGUUGUUUCUCUUCCACCACUCAACUAAAUGUCCCUCUUGCUCUGGUAAGCGGACUCAUUUCCAUCUGCGAUUCAUCCGACAGCAUUAAUGUCACCAGCAGAUUUGAAAAUGGCAUUGGAGUGGAGCUUACCAUCAUAGCCAUGUGUGCAUAGGGAACAGCGCAAGGAGCUAAGCACGCAGCCUUGAGGUGCACCUAUGUUGGUGGUCUGCAAGGGGGAGAUGUUGUUACCAAUCCUCAUUGACUGAGCUCUGCUGAUAAGGAAGUCAACAAUCCAGUUGCAGAGGGAGGUGUGGAGGUGCUAGGUCUUGAAGCUCCAUGGUGAGUUUGGAUGGCAUAAUUAUGUUCAACAAAAAGCUGUAGUGGCAUAUGAUUUCUUGCUGUCCAGAUGCUUCAGAGCAGAAGAAAGAGCCAUAGAAAUUGCUUCUGCUCUUAGCAGCAGCUGUCGGUAAUUUAGUCAAAUCCAUCAUGAUCUUGUUGAAUGGUGAAGCAUUUCUGAAGGGACAAAGAUUCACAAGAUGUUGCUGGUACUGGAGGGUUUGAGUUAUAAGGAGAGACUGGAUAGACAGAGGCUUCUCUUCAUUCCCCCUCCCCCCAACUGAAACAUAAGAAGCUGAGGGGUGAUCUUGUACAUAAUACCAUGAAGGGCAUAGAUAAGGUGGAUUUUCACAGCUUUUUCCAGUGUAUGGGAGACCAUCGAUUUAAGGUGAGAAGGGAAAGAUUUGAAAAGGAACCUGAGGGGGAACAACUUCAGUCAGAGAGUGGCGAGUGUACGGAACAAGUGGUAGAGGCGGGUACAAUUAUGAUGUUUCAAAGACGUUUCAUCAGGGACAUGAAGAGGAAAUUGUUGAAUUCAACAGUGAUUCUCAAGAAUGCCAGUGAGUUCAGGCAUAAGACGAGGUGUUUAUUCUUGCUUGAUCUUUGUGGCAACUGUGUAAGAUGUUGAAGGGAGGUCACAGUGGGAAUAGGAUGCUUUCAGUUACAUUGCACUUGCAACCAUUCCCUUUGUUAUCUCCACCCGCACGCUGUAUCCUCUCUUUGCCCAGAUAUGAUGUAUGGUCAUCAGACUGAAUCAUUGACUGUUUGCGUCUCUGCAGACAUUAUCUGACAUUCCAAAUGUUUACAACCUUAGAACGUGUAGACAGUGCGUAAGAAGAACAGGAUCGUUGGCCCGCUAUGUCCGCUCCAAACAUGAAACUAAUCCCACCUGCCUUCACAUGAUCCAUCUCUCUCCAUGACCUUCAUGUAUAUGUGUCUAUCUAAAUGCCCCUUAAAUUCCACUAUAGUGUGGGCUUUCACUGCCACCGCAGGCCCUGUGUUCCAGGUACAUACCACUCUCAAUUUUUUAAAAAACUGUCCUGCACACCACCUUUCACCUUUCCUCUCUCAUCUUAAGAGCUAUGCCUUCCUGUAUUGGACAUUUCUACCCUAGGGAAGAGACUGUGAUUAUCUGCACUAUUUACCCUCCUCAUAAUUUUAUAAACUUUUAAUAGUCUCCCCUCAGCCUCUGACACUCCCCAGAAAACAAUCCAAGCUAUUACCUUCUAAUACAAGCAGCCUCCUAGAAAACCUCACCUGCACCUUCUCCAAAGCCCCCACAUCUUUCCUGAAAUGUGGUGACCAGAACUUCACGCAAUACCUCAGAUGUGACGCAAUUAGAAUUUCAUACAUCUGAUUCUAUCUUUAUUUUAGAUUGCCAGCACCUGCGAUUUGACUUUUAUUUCAUAUCCAAAUUCAUGGAGUCAGAAAUUUUGACAGCAUGGAAUCUGGCCCUUUGGUCCAACUAGCCUGUGCCAAUCAAGAUGCCCCAUCUAUUUGCCAGUUUGGCCCGUGACCUUCCAAACCUUUCCAAUCCAUGUAUCUGGAAUUGGAAGAACCAUUGAUGAAUAAUAUGGCUGAUUACUGACUGUGGCUUCAAAGUUUAAGUUUGGGAGCAUUUGUCUCAAGACUACUCACCAAUUUCAUUACAUUUCAAAAAAAGUCCUCGUGUUGGAAAAUUGUGGGCGUUGAUCACCAAGGAGCCUAGCAAUCCAGUUGUAGACAGAAUCCUUUACAAUUACUUUUCCUCUCCAUACGAUUUCCUCAAGCUCCAUCAUUUUGCUCAUCGACCUGCUGCUCCUCAUUGGCACAGUCUGAGAAUAUAUCAAAUUCCCUCCUACACACUGGUGGCAAGUCAUCUACCACUCUCUCCAUCUUUCCAUUAGCAGAGUAGUGAAAGAGAAGCACAGCGGUUAGCACUGCUUCCUCACUCCUCUAGAAACAUAUGAUCUAACUUCCUUCGAUGCUGUCAGUGUGGAGUUUAUAUACUGCCCCUGAUAUAGCUCUGGUUUUGUGCAUUGCCCUGAAGACUUGUUGAGAUAAAAAUUAAUUACUGGAAAUUUUCCCUUAUUGUUAGGUAAGGAAUCGGUGGGCAUCUGAGAGAAAUCAAAAAAUAACAUCAAAUUUGAUGAUCAUUCAAUUUUAUUACAAUGUCAAGUUUUUCUAUAGAGUCCUCAAGACAUGCUACCGACUAUCAGCCGCCCAUUUACACCAAUCAUAAGACCAUAAGACAAAGGAGCAGAAGUCGGCCAUUCAGCCCAUCGAGUCUGCUCCGCCAUUUUAUCAUGAGCUGAUCCAUUCUCCCAUUUAGUCCCACUCCCCUGCUUUCUCACCAUAACCUUUGAUGCCCUGGCUACUCAGAUACCUAUCAAUCUCUGCCUUAAAUACACCCAAUGACUUGGCCUCCACUGCUGCCCGUGGCAACAAAUUCCAUAGAUUCACCACCCUCUGACUAAAAAAGUUUCUUCGCAUUUCUGUUCUGAAUGGGCGCCCUUCAAUCCUUAAGUCAUGCCCUCUCGUACUGGACUCCCCCAUCAUGGGAAACAACUUUGCCACAUCCACUCUGUCCAUGCCUUUCAACAUUCGAAAUGUUUCUAUGAGGUCUCCCCUCAUUCUUCUAAACUCCAAGGAAUACAGUCCAAGAGUGGACAAAUGUUCCUCCUAUGUUAACCCUCUCAUUCCCAGAAUCAUUCUGGUGAAUCUUCUCUGUACCCUCUCCAACGUCACCACAUCCUUUCUUAAAUAAGGAGACCAAAACUGCCCACAGUACUCCAAGUGAGGUCUCACCAGCGCCUUAUAGAGCCUCAACAUCACAUCCCUGCGCCUAUACUCUAUUCCUCCAGAAAUGAAUGCCAACAUUGCAUUCGCCUUCUUCACCACCGACUCAACCUGGAGGUUAACUUUAAGGAUAUCCUGUACGAGGACUCCCAAGUUCCGUUGCAUCUCAGAAUCCAAUCAAUCAAUCCAACAUCAAUCCCAUUUAAAAAAAUUUUCCCCCCAAUUCUAUCAACUCCCCCCAGACUCUACCACCCACCUACCCACAAGAAACAGUUCACAGUGGCCAAUUAACCACAUAUCGUUGGAAUGUGUGAGGAAGCUGGACCGCCCCAGAGAAAUGCACACGGUCACGUGGUAAGUCAGGAGAUGGUCUUUGGCACUAUGAGGCAAUGGGUCUACCAGGAACACCACGUAUCAUUGUGUUAAGGUAAAUAUUCCACAGACCAUUAAAAUUAACUAGAAGCAAAAAGUGACAUUUCCCAAUAGAAAAAAAAGUGUCAUUUUCAACAAAGAAACCAAUGAUGAAAGUGUGUUUAAUAAGGAGAAAAAUAAUGGGGCAGUGGUACAAGAAUGAUGCACAAGAUAAUCUUAGAAAUACAUGAUAAUUUAAUUUAAAUCUAAAUGAUCUGCAAAGGUGGAUUUGUAUUGAAUGAUUAUUUGUGAUGUUCAACAUUCCUGUUCCAUGUGUAAUGAAUCAGAGCCACUGAUAGUCUAUAUUGUCUGUCAGGCUUAAUGACUGAAUGAUAAGGUUUCCAGUUACAAAAAAUAUAUUCCAAGUAAUCAAACCUUUGGCAAAUAUUUAAAGAUAAGUACAAAUCCCCUUGUAUAUUUUAUUAAACAUCUUCUGGUAAUUGGCCUAUUUUGUGGGUGAAUGCCCUGUCCAGUGUGGUACUGUUCUAUAAAUAGAUUUUAUAUUAGAACAUAAAAGUAAACUGCGUACACAAAGUGAUCUCUAUGUCAAUUCAGGUGGAAGCAAUGAAGUAAAUUAUAAUUGUGUAAUUAAUAAUUCAAUAAAAAU